AUGUGCACCAUCGGCCCAGAGGCAAGUAUUCUCAAGAACUCCAACUCUUUCCAAGGCGCUUCCGCUCCGAUGGCAGCUACCUCCCCACCAUCCGUCCCAACUAUCUCCGAGCCCGAAGAGACCAAGGAAAUCACUCUUCAAAACACCCUGCAAAACGCAGGCCGUCGGAGAUCUUCUUCCACCACCCGACCAGGCUCCAACUCCCGCCGCCAGUCGACCGUCAGCGCCCACGACGAGAACGAACCCCGCCUAAAGUGGGACGAGGCCAACCUCUACCUCACCGAGCAAGAAAAGACAGCCAAGAUGAAGAUCGACGAACCGAAAACUCCCUAUGCUCCCCACUACGAUCCAAGUGAAGAUGACGAACAAAUCCGCAUGGACGAAGCCCAAGAAAGCCUAAUCGACGCACAGGAUAUCGUCGUCGAUGAGCUCGAUUCUGCCAAACCCACCCACCGCAAAGGCUACUCUGAGGACGAAAUUCCCGAUCUGGAGCUCGGUGAGCCUGAAGAUAACAUGCAGGGCAUCUCAUCUGAUUCCCGUGUCUUCCGUGAUCGCAGUAUGAGCACGGACUCUCAUAAGAGCGAGAAGCACGUCCAUGUUGGCGUUGACGGCACAAAUGGUGCCGAUGCACCCGCUGACGAUCCACUCUUGACGACUGAAGAGGCUCGCGCAAAGCACGCGCAUUUCGAGCAGCAGCGUAAGAGGCAUUACGAGAUGAGGAAUAUCAAGGAGCUACUUGCACACCCUGAGGAUCUGGAUGAGGAGAUGGAAGAUGACGAUGGAUCUGAGCAAGCUCCCCCUCCCAUGCCUGCUAUGCCUCAGCGUUUCCACCAAAGUGAGCAAUAG